CACGAUUCAAAUCAAUUUUAGAGAGAGAGAAAAAAUGUCUGGAAGAGGAAAAGGAGGCAAGGGAUUGGGAAAGGGAGGAGCGAAGCGACAUCGGAAAGUUCUCCGUGAUAACAUCCAGGGAAUCACGAAGCCGGCGAUCCGGCGUCUAGCGAGGCGUGGUGGCGUUAAGCGUAUUAGCGGUCUUAUUUAUGAGGAGACACGAGGUGUGUUGAAGAUCUUUCUCGAGAAUGUUAUUCGUGACGCUGUAACCUACACGGAGCACGCUCGUCGGAAAACCGUUACUGCUAUGGACGUUGUUUAUGCUUUGAAGCGUCAAGGCCGUACACUGUACGGUUUUGGUGGUUAAGGAUUCCGGCUUCAAUUGCGACUCAACAAAUAUGCUCAUAUUCGUUGCAAUUACUUGCCUCAUUAGCUACUGCUGGCUGAUGUAUUGACCUCGAAGCCUGCCAAAGCCACUCAUAGAUAAGAAGACCGAUCGGAUUAUUAACGAUUAUGGUUUAAUACGCUAUAUAUGUUGUAUAAAUUAUUCAGUAAGCCAUAUUUAUCUGUUCGUUUAUGGCUUAACUGGACAACCUACAGUCAGCCAGGGUAGCAGUUGUCUAGCUUCAGGCUUCAGCUCUCAUUUUUUAUGUUCCUUCACCUGCUAAAUUUUUUCCUCUAGUUCUUUUCAUAUAUGUACGGAUCUGUGUUUUAUA